AGCCGCGGUUCAAAUAUUUCAAUGUCCAAUCAAGAAGAUAAUUUAAACAAUACAGUGAAUAUCCUUAAAGAUGACGAUGAUGAUAUUGACAAUGUUGAUGACGGUGAUGGUGGUAAAGUAUCACCUCCUGAUAGUUCUGAUGAAAAUUCAGUUGUGAAAUUACAAACUAAUAAUAGUAAUAAUAAUAAUAAUAACAAUGACAACCAAGAGGAGAAAAAUCCAAAUCAACCAAAAGCUACAAAAGACGAUAAAGAUAAAGACAAGAUCACCGAAAAAACAUCAACAAAAAAAUCAAUGAGUGAGGAGAGAUCAUCAACACGUCAAAAGAAUGCAUCAGAGAGUAAUCAAGAUGCUAAAGAUUCUCCAGAGAAUAGAGAGGGUGAAGGUGAGGGUGACGAGGAUGAUAGUCAAAAUGAUGCUAUCAAACCAAAUGAACAACCGAAAAAAAUUAUUGAUCCUGAAUUUUAUUAUGAAAUUAAUGAAUUCAUAGCAGGUCCAAUGAUUUCAGAAGAUUCUGGUAUACCAGACAAUCUGUUGACUAUAUACCAUCAAUUCGGGAUGGAUGCAUCACGUAGAGAGAAUCUACAAUUGCUUGAGAAUAGCGUACUUUGUCAUAUCUUUGGUAAUUAUUUACAAAUUAUGAAUACAGAGACACGGGAAAAAAUCCUCUUGCGUUCAAUAAGUGGUGUUGGCAUAGGUGCAUUUUCAGUCCACCACAGCACAAUUAUAUAG